AUGAAAGGAUCGCCUGAACAACCCAUGUGUGGCUUCUCGAAGACGGCAAAGAUGGUAGGGUUGCUUUUGAUGAUGGAUUUUUUUCUUAUAGAUCCUUGAGUUCCACCAAAUCCCAUUCAAAUCGGUUGAUGUGCUGGUUGAUGAGGAUGUACGGAAUGGAAUCAAGGAAUACAGCGACUGGCCAACAAUCCCGCAAUUAUACGUAAAGGGACAAUUUGUGGGUGGAUCAGAUAUCCUGCUUCAAAUGCACAAGGACGGGGAGCUGACGGAGAUGUUCCAAAGUCACGGAAUUAAGAGCAAAUUCUCCGAUCAGGAUAAAUAA